AUGCAGGAACUCUGUAUUCAACAAACUAAUAUUUAUUGUAUUCAGAAACUGGGCGCAACUAUUGACGUUAGCCUAGCUGAGAUGGAGCAGCUUUUAGGUAUUUAUUUGUGUACGGACUUGGCUCAAAGCCACUUCCAGAAACUAGUAUAUUUGUUGCAUUUCCAGGACAUACAGAAAGAAGAUAAGCUACAGAAAAUUCGACCUUGGCUUGCUUUGUUCUCACAAACAUGCCUGAGAAAACUGUCUGAGCAGAAUCAGUAUGCUGACGAAAUAAUGAUCCCUUUCAAAGGAUGCAGUAGUCUUCAACAGUAUAUACAAAAGAAGUCAACACGGUUGGGAUUCAAAAUGUGGGCUAAAGCUCGUUCCUCAGGGUAUUUGUAUGAUUUUGACGUUUACCAAAGUGCAGCUUCUAAGGCAAAAAGGCAUGUCACAGGAAAAGGUCUUGGUUACAAUGUUGUGAUGAAGCUAACUGCAGCAGUGGAAGAAAAUCCCUUUUUUAGGGUUUACGCAGACAAUUUCUUCACAUCGUAA